AAACAUUAACGAAUACAAAAAAUUCCUUUGCUUCUAACGUACCGAUCAGUUAGAAAGUUAAUUCUAAGAUCAUAAAGAUACAUACAUAUCAAAAAAAUAUCUUCAGCUGAUAGUGAUUAAAAAAAUAGCAUAUGUCGCUAGUAACUUUUCAAUACAUCAGGUAUACCAGCAACUCCGCAUGCGCUUUAUUCUAAAAAAACUAUCAGCCAUAUUGGUGUGUUGUAUCGCUGCCCUCAGUAAUUUCGAAGAUCAGUGAGGUAUUUUUCGCGUUCAUCAUACGAUCUUUUUCAUAUUCGUUGCACUACGAAUAAUCGGGAUUGCCAGUAUGAAAUUUAGUCGAAAUAGAUUGGCCACUUAUGGACUUUUAUGACAUUCAUGAGCGGAAAAAGUUUGGUUAAUGUUGCCACCUGGGCUCACGGAAAUCAGUCUGUUUAAGAACAUGUCGUAAAUAAAUGCGUACUAUUUUCACUAAACUGGAAUGUUCAUAGGAUAUUUACACCUUCUUCUACAUUGUUGUUUCUUCGUUUAAAAUAAUCAUUGUUAGGUAUUGGUUGAUUUUCAAAAGAAUCACAACUUUUAUGAAUACUUUGCCAUCGUCUGCCGUCCUCUCCUACCUUCGCUCACUUUUACUUCAUACUUUUUAUAUAUCUCAGUUCUAUGCCUUUCAUGAUAACAUUAAAUUUAUAUCGUUGUAAUUAUUAUUGAUCAUCGUGGUUGCGCGAUUUUCGUCGAGCAACAGGUAAAGAUUGUCGAUACAAUUUGCUAUAAUUAUACCAAUUAGGUUUAUCUUGAAUAUCUGUGAUUAUUGUCAUAAGACAUGCUUGAUACAGGUAAUAUUUUCCCACAUCAUUGUGUUUUCUAUUGGUGUCAUUUCUUAAGACAGAAAAGCUAAAUAUUUGUUAAUCAUACAUAUUAUUUUUACUACUAUAUUUUUCUAACUAAUUUACAUGUGAGUUUAGAAAUAUAAUUCCCAACAUGAUAAUAAUCUUUCGAAAACUCUAUUCUAUGAUAAAAUAUUAUGUCUUCAGCAAAUAGAUCAUCAUGACGGAUUCUAUGAAAUUUGGUCCAGAAUGGUUGCGCAAUUUGUCUGGAGAUACUUGCAAUAGUAGCGGUGGUGGUGGAGGUACUACAAGUUUAACAACUCCACGUUAUCAAUUAGCUGAACAUAGAUACGGGCGAGAAGAAAUGUUGAUCCUGUUUGACCGUAAUUGUAAACCUCCUGAACCAUUGACAAAUUUCUCAUCAUUAUAUGUUGAGAAAACUCAACUUCCUUUGGCUCUUAUACAAAUGACAGAAGAUGAAACGCGGAUGUGGAACGGAGGAAUAACUAAUGGUGGUCGAGGAAGAGGUGGAAGUGUAGAUCGUGGAGGACGUGGAAGAAGUGGAAGAGGUAGCUUGUAUUCUUCUCAUUAUUCCCGUGGCGUUGGUUUCGAUGAUUCAGGAGAUGGAUCACGAAUUGACAGUCAACCAUUUCAAGGAAGAAAUCGCCCAUUUGAUAGGUCGCAAAGUGAACGUGGUUGGUCAGAAAGAAAUGGAGCCUCAGAUCCAGGUGAAUGGAAUGGUUCUACUAGUCCUAGAAAAGAAUUAAGUCGUGGGGCUAGUGGUAGUUCUCUUAUGGAAAGUAAUUGGCGGCGUCAUCGUGGUGGUACAGAAGACGAUGACGGUUGGCGGAAAUGGGGUAGGAGUAGUUGGCGCGAAAGUGGGAGUAUGGAUAGAGAUAGAUUAGAAAGAAAUGAAGGAGAUGGAGAAGAAGGACGAAGUAGUGGUAGUAGAUGGGAACAUCGUGGUAGUCAUAGAGUUACACAUGAUUCAAGUCAUCAUCCGCCCCCUCGUACAACGCGCUCUUGGGAUUCAAAUCAUCAUGAUAAUAAUCAUGACAAUCUUCCCGAAUGGGCUACUGAAAAUCCUAGCGAAAGUGGAGGAAGUUUCGAUGCUUCAGGUGCUUUUCACGGUGGAAUGUAUUCAGAUGAUGAUGAAGAUGGAGUGAUUAGUGCAGGUGGUACUCAAGAAUCAAGGACUCGGCGUGUUUCCGAAGGAAGCGCUACUAAUAUUAAAAAACCUAGUAGCAAACCUUUAUCUUAUAGUUCAACUCAGGGACAAACAGCGGGUCGCAAUUCCAAUAGUGGAAUUAGUUCAGUUAGUAAAGAACGACCAAAGUCCUUACAUCCGCUCGAUGAUAAAAAUGAAUGCAUCGAGAAAGAAAGGAGAAGCAGCUCUCCAACAAAACUGCCCAUUACAGUUUUAACGGAUAAUACUGUUACUAAAACUUUGACGUCAACAUCAUCUGAAACUUCACAGAAAAGAAAUACAGUAGCAACAAGUACGGAGCAUACGAAGACUGAAAAAAUGCCAUCGUCCGAUUCAGGAACCAAUAAAUCUCCCACUAAAGAAAAGAAAAAAGAAGAUAUUGAAACGGAAACAAAGUUGGAUCCGAUUCCUACUACUGCGAAAAGACAAGUUCCGGUGCAAACGGAAUCUCAAAGGGUCGUACAUAGCGCGGAAAUGGAUAACGUAAGGCAUAAGUCGGAAGAUGAUUUAGACAGAAUGAAGGAAGAAGCGGACGCAUUAGUUGCAAAAUUGAUGGCAGAUGAAGAAAAUCAUAGAGAGAAGACUGCUAGUAUACCGCCUUCUAUUGGUAACCAAUCUUCUACAGUUUCAUCCACGAAUGGACAGGAGAAAUGGUUUUACCGUGAUCCACAGGGUGAAGUUCAAGGUCCAUUUUUAGCCAGUGAAAUGGCAGAAUGGUGUAAAGCUGGUUACUUCACAGCAGGAUUAAUGGUAAGAAGAACUUGUGACGAACGGUAUAGCACUUUAGGAGACUUAAUGAAGAUGUGUGGCAGAAUACCGUUUAUACCUGGACCUCCCAUUCCUCCCUUAAAGUUAACGGAUCAGGUAAUACCAUCUGUUCCUAACACAGUGCCAGCUGGUAUGACUGCAUUAUCAAAAUCUGGUAUAGAAGAUCCAAUUCUUCUACUUCAGUAUCAACACAUGCGAUUGAUACAAAAUCAACAAUUACUUUUAAGACAAAUGCGGACAUCGGCUAUAGCAAAACUUUCUCAGUCUGAGCAUUGGGCAACGUUAAGUCCUAUAGAACAAAACCAAUUGAUUUUUCAAUAUGUUUUUCAUGACUCAGAGAUUCCAGAGAUGCCAAUCUCUACAAAUCCAUUCGUACCUCACCUUCCGUCACAAGCUUCAAAUCCAGUUAUGCAACUUUUCACUCAAAUGCAACAGGCUAAAACGCAACCAGAAACUCAUUUAACGUCAAAUCCACAUUCAAGUACAACAGCGCAUCCACCUACAGUCGAUCCUAUACAACAACUUAUACAACAGAUGGGUGGUAUGCAAAAUAUAUCGGGACUUCAACAAUCAAGCAUAAAUUCAACGUCAGCUGCAACGCAAGAGGACAAUCCCAUAAAAUCUUUGUUACGUCAACUUAAUGUUAAUGCAAAUGGCCAUCCACAAACACCUCAUAUCGAUACCGUCUGGCCACAACCCCCGCCACAAAUAAAUCCACAAUUUAAUGCACAGAGUUGGUUAGCGCAAGUUGGACCGAUACCAGCAGUACCUCCAGGCCAGUUACCUACAUCAUUAUGGGAUCUGCAUACUAAAGAAAUAAAGACUGAACAGCAGAUAUUGGAAGAACAAAAUCUUCGAUUACAAGAAGAUAGGAAAAAAGAAGAACUUCGAAAACAAGAGGAAUUACAACGACAAGCUGACGAAGAAAAUGCGAAAAGAAAAAAGGAAGAACAAGCCAAGCAGGCAGAAGAAGCGAAGCGAAAAGAUGAAGAGAGAAAGAAAAAAGAAGAAGAAAAAAAACGGAAAGAAGAAGAGAAGCGUAAACAAGAGGAAGAAAGAAAGAAAAAAGAAGAGAAAAAGCGUAAGGAGGAAGAGAAAAAACGAGAAGAGAAGCGAAAGCAGGAAGAAGAAAAUUUAAGGAAAAAACAAGAGGAAGAAAAGAAAAAAAAGGAGGAACUUAGAAAGCAGGAAGAAAAGCAAAAGAAGGAAGAAGAAAAAAGGAAAAAGCUGGAAGAGGAACAAAAAAAGCAAGAAGAGGAAAGAAUGCGAAAAGAGGCAGAGGCACGUAAGCAGGCUGAAGCUGAAGAACAAGCUCGGCGAGCAGAACAGAGACGGCGGGAAGCGGAUGCACUCCGUAGAUUACAAGAACGAAGUAAAGCACCAUGGGCACAGGCGCCUCGUGCACCAGCUCCAGCUACUCCUGCUGCUUCACUUGCUGAAAUUCAAAGACUCGAACGAGAAAAGAAAGCGGAAGAGCAACGAUUUCAACAAAUGAUGCAGCAACAAUUAGCACAGCAGAAAGCCAUAGAAACAGCUCAAGAAGCAUCAGUAAUGGACUCUUCUAAAAGAUUGCAAUUUAAAUGGGCAGAGAAGGCUACAGCUUCUACAAAAUCUUUACCAGUAAAGAGUCUCGCACAGAUUCAACAGGAAGAGCAAGAAAGGAUCGCCAAGCAGCAAGAAAGGGAACGCCAAGAGAAGGCAGGACAGAAAGAAUCACUGAACGUACUGAAAAACGCUGGAAUAUGGGGUGCUGCUUCUCAGUGUUUGAAUUGGGCCAAUUCAAGUAGCUCUAAUAAUAAUCAAGUUUGGUCGAAUAAUAGUGGUACCAGUGGUUUUUGGGACGAUCCUACGCCAAUUAAACCUACGGCCGUAAAGCAAUCUGUUAAACAGACUACUACAGUAAAAACUCUUACUGCCAAUCAACAACAGCAACAAAGUAAUAAAACAAAUAAGAGUAAGAAUAAACGAGAAGAGGAAUUGGUUAAGAAAUUAUUUGAACAAAACACUGCCAAGACAGAUGAUUUCACACAAUGGUGCAACAAAGCCCUAAGUGGUUUACAGGUGUCUGUAGACAUCCCCACGUUUGUUGGAUUUUUGCGAGACAUUGAGUCUGCAUACGAAGUAAAAGAAUAUGUUCGAGAUUAUCUUGGCGAUAACAAACAAAGUUCAGAAUUCGCAAAGCAAUUUUUAGAAAAACGUAGUAAAUGGCGAUCGGCCCAACGACCUCAAGCACAAGCGGAUGACUUGUGCAAACCAGCGCCUGCUGUUAAUCCUAAUGCACCCACGGAAUUUCAGGAAGUAAAGGGAAAGUCAAAGAAGCCAAAGAAGGGAAAAAUGUACAAAGUUGAUAAUAGAAUUCUUGGCUUUAGCGUAACCGCAGCCCCUGAUCGAAUUAAUGUAGGUGAUCGCGAUUAUGGAGAAGGUGUUUGAAUUAAUUCUGACAACUUUAACUGUAUUAUGGAAAUUGUGCAACGCUUGGCCCAACAAAUGGUUUGUUAUUUAUUUAUUGUAGAUGCCAAAUAAGUUCUAAGGAACCCGUUACGAGUACUUCGUUAAAAGUAUAAAAGAUUUUUCUAUGAUUAUGCGUGUAAGGAUCUUAUCUCUCGUAUCCUUUACUCGUACAUUAAUGGGAGCCUUAGAUACCGUUAUAGCGUGGCAUUAUUUCCUUUUUAAACGGAACUGAAAGACACUCUGAAAGAAAACCCAAUUGUACAUACUACUCAAAGAAAGAUACUUCUUAAAACAAGACAAACUCAUCUCUUAUUUACAUGGUAUGCAUAUAAAUAUAAAUAAAUGAAUGAUUAUAUGUAUUAUAUAUAUGUAUAUGUAUGUAUACAUACUACAUACAUAUAUUGCAUUAACACAUUUUGUAAUAUUUCACUUUCAUCGCCGUAAGUAAAGAAAUUAUGCCGAUCGAUAACUCGUACACGCGGAAACAUCGCAGUCGAAAGCAAUAUGUGCUCAUGAAGGUGUUCAGCAAGCAAAAAUAAAUUGUUAAUAUGUGAUCGUAAUCAAAAGAACUUCGAUCAAGCACGAUAUUGAUGGAGUACAUUAAUAUUAUCGAAUGCACCAAGUAUGAUAAUAUAAAUCCUAUGGAUUUCUUUUUUUAUCGUAACAUCAUGAUAACGAUACGACUUCGCCUUGGAUUACGUUUUGCUUAUUAUGUUUUAAGAGAAUAAUCUUGUGUUUAACACAUUGAAGAACUUUUUUUUAAUCAAUUUAUGACCGUUUUUAAGAAUAAAGAACUAAUAAUAUUUUGACUGAAUGAUUGAAUAUUAGGAACAAUUCGGACAAUGAAUUGCACAUUAUACGUAGAGCCAAUCACUCCUUAUUCCGAACUUUUGUUUACAUAAAGCAACCAUGAACGGAAGGACUUAUUACAAAGAAAACUGUAUGUUUCAAAGCAGUAAUAUUGCAAAGAAAAAGAAGCUCUUGUACUUUCUUAACACUGUGAAUACAAUGGUAUAUUUCAAAGAAUAAAAAUAGUACUUGCAUGUUGUACGAUUUAUAAAGAAAAUAAACUAUCUUCCAUUUUCCUGUUUUGCACCAGAAAAUAUGAAAGUAAGCUCAUGUAAUGUUAGGAACGUGUACUGUCGAUUUUGAAAAAUUUACAUAGCACAUAAGGAAAUUUCAGAUUGAUUACUGCGUGUGCCUACGUGUGGAUCUCACUCUCGUCGGCAUAGCCUUCUUAUUAAUAUUGAAAUCAAUCUAAUGAUAAAUAUUUAACAAGGAAUUUUAUGUAAGAUUUUAAUUAAUGCAACAACUGAAACCAGUAUCUUUUGUAAAGUUUUAAUUAUAAUUAUAAGUAUACAUGUGAACUGUCCCACCUCUAGCAGGGAGUUAAAGGAGAAAACUUUUAGCACCUGUAUAAAAAAUAUUGAUUUCUUCUUUUUCGUUUUUCAUAAUUGAACUAAUCUUUGCAUAAAGUGGUACGAAUACUCUGUAAGUAAGCAGAAAAUGUUACGACAGAUCUGACAGCUCUUAAUAUUAUGAUGGUUGUUAAUUAAGGCUCAUUGGUCUUCUUUCAAUAUGAGAAGAGUAUUUUUAGAAGAUCAUAGAUCCUUACAUGAAAGAUUUAUGUAUAAAUAGAUAAAUGUACAGUAAUACAAGGAUAAUUAAAUAGAAAAAAACAGAUAAUUGAGAUAUUGUAUUAAUAUUAUUAUUGUAUCUAACGUACAGCGUAUAAUAAAAUAAAUAUUAUUAUAUUUUCAA